GGAGUGGUUGUCGCGUGUGAUUGGUAAAAAUAAUUUCGUUAAAAUGAAUAAAUGGUGGAAUUGGGUGCUGGGGUUCGCGUUAUUCUGCCUAUUAUUUGUCGCAAUACCUAUUUCAUUAUCGCGGCAGAAAUCUGUGGAAGAACUUAAGCCUAUGUUCGAUGAUUACAUUGCAAAGUUCAAUAAAACUUAUGCGACUCCCGAAGAAUACUCAGCGAGGUUUCAACAUUUUGUAGCGUCAGUACAAGAAAUAGAGCUACUAAACGCAGCUUCAAGAGGACCAGACCAUUGCAAAGCUAAAUAUGGACUUACAAAGCUAUCAGACAUGUCCAAGACAGAAUUUAAGGAACAACAUUUAGCCGAUGAGAAACUCACGAAGCCACCUAAAGCAUACGGCAGGAGACGAGCUCGUGAUGGCAAGUCUAGGAACAAUGAUGAUGAUGACAAACCCUGCUCCAAUAGUCCUCAUGACAAUAUUUAUGUGAUAAUCAGGAAGAAACGAGCUGCUCUACCACUGCAGGUCGAUUGCACGGCAAGCGAGCAGGCAGACGUAUUACCUGAUGGUAAGCAAGCGCCGCUCAUAGCCACUCGUAAUACAAAAGGAGUUAAUUACUACAAGUGCGUUGCCGACCUCUUGUGGGUUAUCAGGGAUUUGAGGAUUGAAGAUGGAAGGGUAGGGGGAGGAUUUGGCUUCCGGAGAACUAAAGGCGUGAUAGGUCCAGUCCAGGACCAGGGUCUGUGCGGAGCCUGCUGGGCGUUCAGCACAGUCGGCACCAUCGAAGCUAUGGCUGCUAUUAAAACGGGCAAGCUGGACAAGCUAAGUGUGCAAGAAGUAAUAGACUGUGCCGGUUUGGGCAACAGUGGGUGCGCAGGCGGCGAUAUCUGUCUUCUUCUUGAUUGGCUGGUGAUGACUGACGCUGUCGUCGAGAAAGAGACGGAAUAUCCGCUCCGUCUCACAGAUGGCGCUUGCAAAGCCAAGAAAAAUACCACAGGAGUCAAAGUCAAGACUUUUACUUGUGAUGAUUUCGUGGGCGCUGAAGACCAGAUCCUGAGCGCGCUGGCGACGCAUGGACCCGUCACGGUGGCCGUGAACGCGCUCACCUGGCAACACUACCUCGGCGGAGUCAUACAGUUCCAUUGCGGUGGCUCACCGAUGGAGUUGAAUCACGCAGUUGAAUUAGUUGGCUACGACUUAUCAGCUGACGUUCCCUAUUAUAUAGCGAAAAACUCCUGGGGAAAAGAUUUUGGGAACGCCGGCUACUUAAACCUAGCCAUUGGCUCUAACAUUUGCGGACUGGCCAACGAAGUUGCCACGGUGGACGUUCAAUAACAGUGAGAUACUUUAAGACAUUAUUUUGUUUAAUUAUUUUUAUCUAUGU